UAAAUUAAAAUUGGUUUGAAAAUCGUUAAAAACACUGCAUAUUUCUUUCAAGAAAAAGGUCCAAUUUCUCACGAGGGAAUUACCCAGCCAAUAAAUAACCUUUUACGUUUUAGCAACAUUCGAAAUAUACAAAGGAAAUUACUUUGUAUUUUCUGCCCGAACUGCAAAUCAUGCUGGUGCAAAAUCUGCAUGUGUUGGAAUGGGUGGUCACCUUGCAAUUAUACCAGAUGCUGAUAUUCAAAACUUUAUUCUAACUAAAGGAAUUGAAUACAAACGUGCAGGAAAAUGGAUGACAAGCAAAAAUAAUGCUUGGAUUGAUGCAGUGAAGACAUCAGAUGGAACUGGUUGGGAAUGGAGCACAACACAUGACAAGUUUUAUUUUAAAACAACGCCACUUGGAUUAGGUGGAUCCAACAUACAAAAUGGAAAGUAUAACAAUUGGCACCCACAUUAUCCAAGGUCUACAUAUGAGAACGCAGUGGUUGGAUCAAAUCACGAAAGUUAUCCAUGGAGUUGGCAAUCUGUUACUGCUUCAACAGAGGCUCAUUAUAUUUGUCAAAUUAAAGCACAAGUAGAGUAUUACAAGGGAAGUUACUUUAUGUUUUCGGUUACAAUUAAAAAUCAUGCUGGUGCAAAAUCUGCAUGUAAUCAAGCAGGUGGUCACCUUGCAAUUAUACCAGAUCUGCAAACCCAAAUAUUUAUUCAAACUAAAGCAGCUGCUUUUAAGAAAGAAGGGAAAUGGAUGACAAGCAAUAUUAAUGCUUACAUUGAUGCAGUGAUGACAUCAGAUGGAACUGGUUGGGAAUGGAGCACAACCCAUGACAAGUUUUAUUUUAAUACAACUAAACGUGGAGUGAAGGGUAAUUAG